GGGCUUUUAGUAUGAAGCAGCAUCGUCGUGACAUGAAAGUUUGGUGUUAUUGAACUAACAAACAAUUUCAACUACUUUCUAGAAUAUUUCUUAUUUAACAGUAAACAAAUAUACUCUUUAAAUAAAAUACAAUGGAUGCAAUUAAGAAAUCACAUGAAGCACAGUUACAAGUGCGGCACAAUGCGGAGGAAAUGAGGAACACGCUCAACGAUCUCUAUAAUUGGGAGCAGGAAAUUAAGGCCAAAGAAAGAGAACUCACGCGACAUCCUGAUCCUACAGAAAAAGAAGGGCAACGAAAUGUGCCCAUAAGAAGUCACAUUUUAGAACAAAAACAAACAGACACAAAUAAAGUACAACAACAGCAGCUGUUCAAUUCAGCCUCAGUUGCUAAGGAUGGCGAAAGUUCGGCAGCAACCUCUAGCGGUGCAACAACUCCUACGGAAAAAACUGAGAAACCCCUGGAUCCCAACGAGGAAAAGCGAAAGCAAGCCAAUGAAGUGAAAGACAAGGGCAAUAAGUACGUUAAGCUAGGCGAAUAUGAGGAGGCAAUUUAUGAGUAUACUACUGCAAUUGAUAUAUUCCCAGAGGAUCCAGUAUUCUAUAGUAACCGGGCGUUAUGUUACCUAAAGUUGGAGAGAUAUAAUGAAUGCAUUGAGGAUUGCGAACGAGCCAUCGAAAUCGACAGUUUAACGGUUAAAGCAUACUAUCGACGCAUGCAGGCCAAUGAGUGUCUGGGCAACAAUUUGGAUGCGCUUAAAGAUUGUACCACUGUGCUAAUGAUCGAACCCAAAAACAGUGAAGCAAAUAAAAGUUUAGAGCGCAUCAAUGAAAGACUGCGUAAAAAUGUUAAAACUUCAGUAGGCCCCAGCUUCAGCGUGUCCCGUGACAACAUGAUCGAUAUUUUACCAUAUGAUAAACCGCCUUACAAACGUUCAAGUAAACAGCUGCGUCGGGUACCCAUAGUCGAUCUUAUUGGUCCAAAAAGAAAUUGCGAAAACUUGAAAAUCUCGGAUGAUGACAUAGAUAAAUUAUUUAAUAGCAAUUGUGGUCCUUUUGUUGAGGUCGCAAAGUCCAAUAAAAACUCUGACAUAGCCGCAAGCAAGGAAGACAACCCGGUUGAUAUUUCGUCAUGCGAUAAACCGCCUUACAAACGCGCAAACAAACAGCUACGAAGUGUACCCGCAGCAGAUCUUGUGAACCCAAAGAAAAAUGUUGGAAAUAUGAAAAUCUCGGGUGACCACGUAGAUAAAUCAUUGAAUAGUAAUUGUGGUCCUUUAGCUGAAGGCGCGAAGCCCAAUAAUAGUGCGGAAAGUAGAAGCUUGGGCAUUGCCAUAAGAAAGGGAGACCAAGAAUCUGAACUAGUAGACGUAUUACCUUCAAUUUCAAAUCACGCUAGUGAAAAUAAAUUGUCCAAAGAUAACCAAAAAACGGAUGUGCUCUUGCUGAAUAGAAAUCGUCCCUUGCCGCCUGCACCAACACACCCAGCGCAAUUUUAUUCUAACUGGAAAGAAUUGGCGCCUGCGCAAAAGUACCAGUACUUAAAGAGCAUUGACAUAUCAAAACUGAGCAGAGUCCUUGGGGCAGGUAUGGAUUCUGAAACGUUUAUGGGCGUACUUAAUACUCUACACGACUUCUACUUACCAAACAAAGAUGAAACUACUGCUGCCACUCUCCAACAAGUCUGUAAAAAUAGUCAAGUGGCCAUAUUGUCGCUACUUUUGUCACAAGAGGAAAGGGAAAUUGUUAAAGGCAUUAUCAAUGUUAUCAAAGAGAACGAAGCAACCAAAGUAGCAGCAGAAGAAAUCAGCAAGUGUUUCAAUUUGUAAAUUAAAUGAAUUUCGUCGUUAUUGUAGCGGGUCGAUAGAUUUAUUGUAUUGAAGUGUUCUUGAUUUAGUUUAUAAAUCUAUUAAAAAAAUAUAUUAUAAAUAUUUUUCUGCAGUGCAGCAUCAUUACAUA